AUGAAGGGCCGUCCCGUCGACCAGCUCGUGUACGAGUAUAUGUUUCCUCGUCCCAAGAGCAACGACCCUCAAAACUUUCACGCCCUUCUUCAACGCAGCCUGAUUCCCGAGGUUCGACAAGAGACCCAUGCAUUCUACGGACACCUUGAGACUCAGGAAGCCAAGUAUCCUGGCCUCGAUUACACACACUCCACGCACCGCAUCCGCCUCUCUCGGUGGCCUUGGCACCGUCGACUGUUCCGCGCCUUUGACGGCCUUCGCCUCACCAAUGCCGAGAUCGCUGGUUUGACCAAGUGGGAGGGCACAAAGUGGGCCAAGGAGAAGUAUGAGAAGGAGCAGGGGUACACCAUUCGCGACACCACCGCCGAUGGCUUUCCCGACUGGACCGAUAUCGAGCACUUGCCCCGGAACUCUCGCAGCCAAUCCGCCGAGGUGGGAUAUGUCGGCCUUGACGACCUGGAUAAUGAGAUGGACGUCGAGAGCGAGGAUGAACUGGAGAGUGUGGGAGUCGAGCUGAAUGAGCGCCUCCGAGAUCGGGUCGCGAGACGUGAAGCCGGCGACACUUCUACCAUUCUCGACGAGGAGUGGGAGCAGUGGCUCAAGAACGCCAUCGAGACGGGCGAGCUCAGUCUGCUGACAGAACAAAUCUUCCGUGGGGCUGACUCGUCUACGAUUGUUCCCGCUGCACUCUUUCCCCCUGGCCUGCUCAGCACUGCUCGAGCCGGUCACUGGGACGAGAUUCCUGAAUCCCUUCACCCCAUGCUCCGCCGCACUCUCGAAUCCGAGAACCCCAACCGGGCUACGGUUCUCCCCCCGGCCCGCGAGGCGUCGAGUACCCGUUCCCCAACGCCUGCAAGUUCCCUGCGGCGCCACUUCAUGGAUAAUCCCCACCUGAUCCGCAUCCCCUGGACCCGCCGCACGCACUCGGAUCUCCGUCUACCGGUAGGAGAUGCGGGAACAGGCCAGCGUGCAGAGGCGUGA